AUGGCGAAUCAUCGUGCAGAUGAAAAGCAAUUCAUGGACGAGCGGGGCUCUUCUGGACCCCUCGCACCCAACGGACUGAACCCGGCAACCAUCAUGGAGAAACCAGUCCGCGAACGUAUAGUCGAUUGCUAUUUUUGGAAAGACCAAUGUUUUGCACUGAACGAAGCAGAUAUAAUCAAUCGCGUCGUGGAUCAUGUUCACUUCAUAUGUGGUACUUAUGGCGAUGCGCAACGACCAUCCCCAUUCCUCUGUCUCGCAUUUAAGCUACUACAGCUAGCCCCAUCAGAUGAAAUCAUACAAGAGUAUCUUGGAUACGGUGGUGAAAAGUUUAAGUAUCUACGGGCACUAGCUGUCUUUUACGUAAGACUCACUAGACAAGCCAAAGACAUCUACACUAUACUAGAGCCAUUUCUCGCUGAUUACAGGAAGUUGAAAAAGAGAGGAAGAACAGCAACAACUUUGACUCACAUGGAUACUUUUGUUGAUGACUUGCUUGUGAAAGAUCGGGUCUGUGGUACCACUCUUUGGAAGAUUCCAAAAAGAACAAUUUUGGAAGAUUUGGAUCUUUUAGAGCCAAGAAUCAGUGCUCUAGGGAGUAUUGAAGAUUUGCUUGAAAGUGAUGAUGAGGGCAGCAUGACUCAAACUAGCAAAAAAGAAGAAUAG